AUGAAUCCUGAAAAUAAUGAUCGUGCUGCUGAAAACGAAGGGGCCUCCGGAGGGACUCUCCAGAGGAUGGCUGAAGGGGCGCGGCUGUAUACGGAGGCCGGCGGUGGAGAGGAGAGGACUGGACUAACAGGAAUGAAGAAGACAGAAGAUGCAGAGGGAGGAAGCGGACAGCGGGCAGAGAAGAUAAGAAUGGACAUAACGGUGGUGAAGCAAGAAGUUAUGGAAUGGUCGGAUGUAGAAGGCACGUUGGACAGCCAGUGGAUAAAGCAGGAGGUGGAGGAUGAGAAAGGAGGCAUGUUGGAGGUGAAGCAGGAAGUGGACAGUAUGGUGUUUAAAGAAGAGAAGGUGGAUGAACCAGAGGUAAAGGAAGAGAAAGUGAAGGUGAAGGAAGAGGUCAUGGACUGGCCAGAAGUGAAGGAGGAGGAGAACUUGGAGAUAAAACAGGAGGAGAUGUUUGUUGGUCAGAGCAUAAAGAAGGAGCAGAUGGUGGAUGGAGUGCAUGUAAAAGAAGAAAAGGAUUUCCCGAAGAGCGAGGUGAUGGAUGACACACAGGUGAAAGAGGAGCCUCCGAUGAGUCCCCCAGUGGGCUGCAAGCGGAAACUGGCUAUGUCCAGGUGUGAAACUUGUGGUACAGAAGAAGCAAAGUACAGAUGUCCACGUUGUAUGCGAUAUUCCUGCAGUUUGUCCUGUGUAAAGAAACACAAAGCAGAACUGACAUGCAAUGGAGUUCGGGAUAAAACUGCUUAUGUUUCAAUACAGCAGUUUACUGAAAUGAAUCUCCUAAGUGAUUAUCGAUUUUUGGAAGAUGUGGCAAGAACAGCAGACUAUAUUUCUAGAGAUACUUUCUUGAAAAGACCAAUAAGCAAUAAACAUAUGUACUUUAUGAAAAAUCGUGCCCGAAAGCAAGGUAUUAACUUAAAACUGCUACCCAAUGGAUUCACCAAGAGGAAAGAGAAUUCAACAUAUUUUGAUAAAAGAAAACAACGGUUUUGUUGGCAUGUGAAACUCCAAUUUCCUCAAAGUCAAGCUGAGUACAUAGAAAAAAGAGUACCAGAUGAUAAAACGAUUGAUGAAAUUCUAAAACCUUAUAUUGAUCCUGAAAAGUCUGAUCCCAUAAUUCGUCAAAGGUUAAAAACCUACAUUUGCUCUCAGACCGGAGUCCAAAUUUUAAUGAAGGUCGAAUAUAUGCAGCAAAAUUUAGUAAGAUAUUAUGAACUAGAUCCGCAUAAAAGUCUCCUAGACAAUUUGAGGAACAAAGUGAUCAUUGAAUACCCAACAUUACAUGUGGUAUUGAAAGGAUCUAGCAAUGACAUGAAAAUUCUUCACCAAGUGAAAAGUGAAUCUACAAAGAACCUUGGCAGUGAAAAUUGAGUACUUCUAGAAGAAGGUGAAAGUUCCCAGACAGUUGCAGAGAAUUAUGCAUUGACAGCAUUGGUGGACUGUUGGAUAAUCAGGGUAUAUUGUCAGGGGGUGGUUGGAAUUUUUCAUUUGUCUGAAAAGUAAUUACACAAUGUAGACUUUUAUUUAGGAAAAAUGUAUUUUAUAGCCUCUUGAAUAAAUUGAUUUAUAAGGUCCCUUUUUCAUAAUAUGAACUUCU